AUUAACCCAAUAAACCCUUAAUGAUCCCAACGCAACAUGAAUUUUCAAUCAUUCCGAGCCCGAAUUCGACCGACUCAGCUGCCACUUGUAGACUCACAACGCACAUCCCAACCUUCCCCUCUCGUUUCCGUCCCUGGUGGUUCCCAGACAUGGUGUAAAGGAAGUGGAAAAGAAUACGUAACAGGAUAAAAGAUGGAAGAAGAGACAGUGGAAAUGAAGAAGUUGGGAUGUUACGGGGGGAAGGUGACAGUGUUGGAAUGGGAGACAGAAUCAGGUGCUGCGGAGGAGACGAUGCUGCUUUGGGGAAUCCAACAGCCCACUCUCUCCAAACAAAACGCCUUCGUUUCCCAGUCUUCUCUCCAACUCCGCCUUGACGCUUGCGGCCACUCUCUCUCCAUUCUCCAGUCUCCUUCUUCCUUGGGCAAACCUGGAGUAACUGGAGCAGUGAUGUGGGAUAGUGGAGUUGUGUUAGGGAAGUUUCUGGAGCAUGCUGUGGACUUGGGGAUGCUUGUUCUUCAAGGCAGGAAGGUCAUCGAAUUGGGCUCUGGCUGUGGAUUGGUUGGUUGCAUUGCAGCUCUUCUAGGUGCUCAAGUUGUCCUCACUGAUCUGCCUGAUAGACUGAGGCUGUUAAAAAAGAAUGUUGAAACCAACUUAAGACAUGGAGUGCGGGGUUCUGCUGCUGUAAAGGAGCUUACUUGGGGAGAUGACCCUGACCAUGAUUUGAUUGAACCGCCACCUGAUUAUGUGCUAGGGUCAGAUGUGAUCUAUAGUGAAGGAGCAGUUGUGGAUUUAUUGGACACCCUUCUGCAUCUAUGUGGGACACAAACAACAGUAUUUUUGUCCGGAGAACUUCGAAAUGAUACUGUCCUUGAAUGCUUUUUAGAAGCUGCAGUGAAAGACUUUGCGGUUGGGCGUGUUGAUCAGUCACAGUGGCAUCCAGAAUAUUGUAGUCGCAGGGUUGUGAUGUACAUCCUAGUGAAGAAAUGAGGUUAGAUAAAAAGUUUACUUCCUACUGUUAGCGGAUAAUAGUUGGAUAUCCAUUCAGCGAAGAGAAUAUAUUUGCAUAGCCUGAUACCAUCUUUCAGAUGUAGAUGAGAAUGAACGUAUUCUCAUGUGCUUAAUGCUGCUUGGCUAUAGCUGUUAGAUAGUUGAAAAUUUUUCUUUGGAUUAGGCCCUAUGGCAUCUUUUGUAGUUUCCUUUUAUUUAAAGUUGCUUAUGUAAUCCUUUUUAAUUGAUUAUUAUACAUUUAGAUAAACGGCCAUUUAUUUCUCAAUCAUUCUACUCUGUA